GCAAUGGAACUGAUCUGGAACCUGUGUGAGAUUCUGUUUGUUGAAGCAGCUCCAGCUGGUCCCCUUAUGCUUCGCCUCCUUGACUGGGUUCGGCUUCACGUCUGUGAUGUGGACAACAUGGCCCGUGAAGUUCUGAGCAGUGAAAAUCCAUCGAAACAUGAGCUCUUCUGGAACGUGGUAGACGUCUUUGUGCUGCAAGGCCGAAUGGAUGAAGCACGGCACUUGCUCUCCAAGGAAGCCAGUGCCAAUCCCACGUCAAUGAACAUGUACAAAAUCCUGGAUGACUUGAUGAAGAAGAUGCCUGUGCCCAGUCUUGGCAACACUCAGACAUUGACUGAGAUGGAGCUGAAAUGGCAGCACUGGCAUGAAGAAUGUCAGCGGUAUCUCCAGGAUGGAACUUUUGCUUCCAAUUCCCACAUGGAAUCCAUCUGCAAGAUCCUGCUGGGAGAUGAGGGUGCCAUACUCGAGAGAAAGGAACUCAUGACUACAUGGUACCACUUUCUGGUUACCCAACUCCUGUAUUCCCGUCCAACUGUGAAGCCGAUGGAGCUGCGGCUUUAUGCACAGUCUAGCAUGGACCUGUUCCUGGGUGGAGAAAGCAGCCCUGAGCCUCUAGACACCAUUUUAAUGGCAGCCUUUGAAUUCGAGAUGCAUCAAGUGAUCAAGGAAUGCAGCAUUGCCCUGAGCAACUGGUGGUUUGUGGCUCAUCUGACUGACCUACUGGAUCACUGUAAACUCCUGCAGUCUCACAAUCUCUAUUUUGGUUCAAACAUGCGUGAAUUCCUUCUGCUAGAGUAUGCCUCAGGACUCUUCUCCCAUCACAGCCUGUGGCAGCUGGGGGUAGAUUACUUUGACCACUGUCCAGAGUACGGCAGGGUGUAUUUGGAGCUUCAUAUUGAGCGGAUACCCCUGAACACGGAGCAGAAGGCCCUCAAAGUGCUGAGGAUCUGUGAGCAGAGACAGAUGCAUGAACAAGUUCGCAGCAUCUGUAAGAUCAUGGCCAUGAAAGCUCUGCGGAAUAAUCGCUUGGGCUCUGCCCUGUCGUGGAGCAUCAGAGCCAAGGAUGCGGCUUUUGCUACACUAAUAUCUGACCGAUUCCUCAAGGACUAUUGUGAAAGGGGGUGCUUCUCUGACUUAGACCUCAUCGAUAAUUUGGGACCAUCCAUGCUGCUCAGUGACCGGCUAACAUUUCUUGGGAAGUACCGAGAGUUCCACCGGCUGUACGGGGAGAAGCGCUUCUCUGAAGCUGCCAAGCUGCUUUUGAUGCUGAUGACGGCUCACAUCGCUCCGUGCUCCUUCUGGAUGACGUUGCUGACGGAUGCCCUUCCUCUGCUGGAGCACAAAGAGGUGAUAUUUUCAGCAGAGCAGACUUAUGAGUUGAUGCGAUGCCUGGAAGACCUGACAGCAGGGAAGGCAGAUAAGCAGAAUUUCCAGGAUGAUGUGGAGACUACGAAAGUGGAAAUGCUGAGACUUGCUCUUGCGCGAAAUCUUGCACGAGUCAUCAUCAAAGAAGGCACGUUGGAAGGAUCCUGAAGGCAGCAGUGUGUGGUUUUACUCAUCCUCUGUGGCUCACUGUACAUAAACUUGACUGUUUUUCUAAGAAUAAAUGUCUUGUUUUGCA